UACGGCCGCGUGAGCAGUCUGCUGUGUUGAUUAGCUAACAUGCAACGCAAAAUGAAGCGUUUAGAACGCUAAAGAAGACGGACACAUUGCGUUUGUACUUCCGCUGGCCUGUUAAAAUGAUAGAAUUGCUAAAAUUACAUCAAAGUUGACUCGUCAGCACAUUUUCACUUCCUCAUGUGGGACAUCUCCCCUCUCUUUGCCUGGAAGAAGAAAUCAGGGUCCAGAUGUGCUGACGAGUGCGUUUGACAGCAGCAGAAGAUGAAGUUUGGAGUCGGGACGGGACUUCAGGACGAAGCUGCGCUCUCCUGCCUGCUAGUUUUGUUUCUAAACUUGUUUCUAAACGUCAGUGCCUUCAAAAGUCAACUCUUCGCCAGACAUGGAGGCUCGUCUCACUCCGUGUGCCCCGUCAGCUAUCAAACUUUUUACUUUGACCAAAAGAUCGACCACUUUGGCUUCCUAGAAGACGGCACUUUCAAGCAACGCUACCUCGUGGCCGACAAGCAGUGGCGUCAGCCGGGGGGGCCCAUUCUCUUUUACACGGGCAAUGAAGGCGACAUCGGCUGGUUCUGCAACAACACGGGCUUCAUGUGGGACGUGGCUGGGGAGCUAGGGGCCAUGCUGGUGUUUGCAGAGCAUCGAUACUACGGGGAGUCCAUGCCUUUUGGACCCCACUCUUACAGCGACAGCAAACACCUGAACUACCUGACCUCAGAACAGGCCUUGGCAGAUUUCGCUGUACUGAUCCAGAAUCUGAAGCUCAGCAGACCCGGAGCCCAGCACAGCCCGGUCAUCGCCGUGGGAGGUUCUUACGGAGGGAUGCUGGCCGCCUGGCUGAGGAUGAAGUAUCCUCACGUGGUGAUCGGCGCUCUGGCCUCCUCGGCGCCAAUAUGGCAGUUCACCGGUCUGGUGCCGUGUGGAGACUUCUACAAAGUAGUCACGCGGGACUUUGCCACAAGCGGCCCCAACUGCCACACAAACGUCCGAGCGUCAUGGAAGGCCAUCGAUAACCUCUCCUCCACCGCUUCGGGUCGCCGGUGGCUGUCGGAGGAGUUCGGCUUGUGUGUGCCGCUGAAGAGCCAGAAGGACGCCGCCGACUUCAAGAGUUGGCUGCAGGAGACGUGGGUCAACUUGGCCAUGGUGGACUAUCCUUACAAAGCCAACUUCCUCCAGCCGCUGCCCCGCUGGCCCGUCCAGGCGGCGUGCAAGCAUCUGUCCUUCGUUUCCCCCGUGUCCGACGACCAGCUGCUCCACGGGAUCUCCCAAGCGGCCAAAGUCUACUACAACUACACGGGAAGCUCCCCCUGCCUCAACACCUCUCAAACCGCCACCGGCAGCUUGGGCUUCCUGGGCUGGAACUACCAGGUGUCUGGCAUACACUGCAGACCGCCGCCAGCGUCCAUUUUUGCUAAGAACUUGUGUCUUCCUCCGCAGGCCUGCACCGAGAUGGUGAUGCCCAUGUGCACAGAUGGCAUCCAGGACAUGUUUGAGCCCGAAGAGUGGAACUUCCAGGCGUUCUCUGACCAGUGCAACGCCAUGUUUGGCGUCCGACCCCGAGCUGGCUGGGCUGGCAGCGUUUACGGAGGGAAGGACAUCGCCUCGUACAGCAACAUCAUCUUCAGCAACGGAGGCUUGGACCCGUGGUCUUCCGGGGGUGUGACGUACAACGUGUCCGACUCUCUGGUGUCCAUUAUGAUUCCUGACGGCGCUCACCACCUGGAUCUGCGCCGCGCCAACGACCUCGACCCGCCUUCCGUACGCGCGGCCCGCGUCUUGGAGUUGAGGUAUUUUUGGAAGUGGAUCCAAGAUGCCGAUAAAGCACGCCAAACGAUGUCAAACUCCGGGUAAAUGCCGCUUUCUUAAUGCUCCUGAUUGCAGUUUGGAUGAAACUAAAGUCUCUUAUGACGUGAGGUUCAUUCAUCAAUGUAAAAGCCAUAGUCAGAGCCGCUUCAUUAGGUACACCUGCCGUCUCAUGUCAACACAUCCACUCCAUAUUUGACCAAGAUCAUUCUCCUCCAUGGGACUCAUCCCAAUCACACCUGGGGUGUUCAAGGUGUGCCCCCCAUUGCUGCUUUUUCUUGGCCCACGACACAUUCUGAAAGGACUACAAUCUAUCUGUGGUGCUGGAUGAUGCCAUCAUCUCAUUUGCAUAAUUGCCACAACGCAUGUGUGUGCCAUUAUGAUGAAUGCUGUUGGUAGAGUUGGUGCGUUUUACAAAGUAGUGUGUUUGAUAUCAUAGCAUAAAGAAUCCAUUCCAUUCAUGUGAUCAUCAAUUAGGUGGGGGGUGAUGUACAUAUCAAAUGGAUUACAUAAUCCUGGCAAAUAUGAUCAAAUGUUAUUUGAAAGCAUAAGUCAAAUAAUAAAGCCAUGAAAAUAAACUUCCACGUGGCCGCGUUCGCCACAGCUCAUCCUUCCGACCGACUGAAGCGUAGAUCCUUCAGUGCGGAUCACCACUGGACACCACAACCUCAUAUGACGUGUCAUCGCCAUGCAGUCCACACACCGUCCCAAAGACCGCCCAUAGCAUGUCAAGACGGCACAUGCCCCCGCCAUGUCUGCCAUGGCAAUGAUGAGAAAGUCCAUCCGCAGAUGAUGUAGCCUCCGAGAGGCAGCCCUGCUGUGUCUGGCCUCCUUGAAAGAGCAAGAGGAAUUGUUAGGAGAUUUAAUAAAAGUCCAAUCGGAGGAGGCCAAUAACGCCACUAGCGGGAGGUUAUUGCUGCUACGCCCGCUGACCUCACCCCCGCGGGCCGGCCUGUGGGACCCCCUCCCCGGGUCGCAUUCACUCACCCAGCGCCCCUGCUAGUAAUGUUAUGAAUACAGCUCCUGGGGGCGAUGGGGGCUGCUGAAGAAGGUUAAAAGUGAGGAGCCAUGGAGUCUUUUGUCCCUCACUGUGAAGUUGACUUUUUCAUGUCCGGUGUUGGGCUGUAAUCACGUUAAAAAGAACAUUUACUAGUUUGGAAAUAUGUUCUGAUGGAAACAUUCAAAUUUUAAUUCAUUCAAUCACUAGCACCAUUUUACACCAUUUUUACUCCUCUUUCAAGGAACACAGGAUAUUGUUUUAAUAUUAAGAUUAAGAUAUGCCUUUAUUCGUCCCUCAGUGGGGAAAUUUGUAUUGCACAGCAGCAAGUCAGUUAAGCAGUACAAAAUACACAAUAUAGAAAAAUAAACAGUAUAAACAACCCAAGUAUUAACAAAAUCAACAGUUUUUCCCAGAGUUAUAUACAAUAAAGUAUGUAGAUAAUAUGAAACGAGAUAUGACCAGUCUAUACACUGAGAUCUUGUUAGAGAGUUAAUAUGAGGCAUUAUGGAAAUACUUUGCAUAGAACUUAGUAUAUUGCAUUGAAAGCCCUUAAGUCUUCUGGGGCUAUUUGACAUACAGUAAACCUCGGAUAUAUCGGACUCGGAUAUAUCGGAAAUUCGCUCACAACGGACAGAUAAAAAAGAACCGAUUUUUCUGUAAUGCAUUUCCAAUAAAAAUUCAUUGCAUAUAUCGGAUUUUUUAUAACGGAUUUCGCCUAUUUCGGACAAAAUCUCCAGUCCCGUUCCAAUGCAUUUCCAUGAAAUUUCCCUGGCAUAUAUCGGAUGGCCGCAUCGUUAUGCUAAUCUUGUUGAUGUCACUGGCUAUUGUCUUUCUCCUGGCUCCAGAUUUAGGACAAAUAUAAAAGUGAGUGACGUCAAUAAUACUAGCACAGCAGUGAAUGAGAUCUUAACCUCACUAUUGGAAAUAACGUAGGCCUGACGGGCGUAACAGGGCCUAGCUUAAUUAACAAUUUGUUAUGCUCAGAGUCCAAUAAAGUUCAAUUCUCAUUACCUUACGUCUCUUUUCAUUGCCCAGUCCAGGUAUAUUGGAAACAUAGUCAAGGAAGUGCCUUUUUAGAACGGAUAAAAUCCCAUUUACGCAUAUACCGGAUAUAAAUCUGAUAUAUGCGUAAAACAGACAUUUUCCGGUAUACGCAUAUAACGGAUUUCGCUUAUAUCGGACAAAACCAGUGGGAACAAUUGAAUCCGAUAUAUCCCAGGUUUACUGUAUAACAUACCAAAAGAAAGACUAGACUCCCACCUUGCAUCAGAAUAACCAAGAUGGGGUUCUACCUUUUACCAUUCUUUAGCAAUCAGUAGUCGAACAUGGGUACAUUUCAGGUAAAUAUCAGUUCCCAACUACAGGAGUAAGGGUUAAAAGCAGCUUUCAAGCAUUCAUUCAUUUUCUACCGCUUUUCCUCACGAGGGUCACGGGGGAUGCUGGAGCCUAUCCCAGCUGUCUUCGGGCAAGAGGCGGGGUACACCCUGGACUGGUGGCCAGCCAAUCCCAGGGCACAUAUAGACAAACAACCAUUCACACUCACAUUCAUACCUAUGGACAAUUUGGAGUGGCCGAUUAACCUAGCAUGUUUUUGGAAUGUGGGAGGAAACCGGAGUACCCGGAGAAAACCCACGCAUGCACGGGGAGAACAUGCAAACUCCACACAGAGAUGGCCGAGGGUGGAAUUGAACCCUGGUCUCCUAGCUGUGAGGUCUGCGUGCUAACCACUAGACCGCCGUGCCGCCCCGCAAACCUGUCACUUUGACACAAAUAUUGUUUGCUUGAUGCCUGAUUGACAGCUCCAAAAUGGAAACAACGAUAGCACUGUAACACAAGAACACAUUGACCGUAGCCAUACAACACGUUAGCUAGGCACGCCUGUGGAAUGAUGCUAAGCUACAUGCUGGAUGGGUCGCCACUUUGUCACAAGACUCUUUAGACGCCUGUGUUGUCGAGCAGAUAUACUGCCAGGGACAGGGACAGGGUCUGGGGAU